AUGGAUGAAAUAUCAUUAUUUCUACAAUCACCUCCGGUAAAAGGAGAGAACAUUAUGUUAUACCAAAAUGUCGAUUUUAAUAUAACCAAAGUAUUGUAUCGUGAUUCAGUACAUUUAGUAUUAGAAUCCGCGACGACCGAAGGAUGCCGUGUUUUAUUAAAUAAAGAAAACAUUCAGAUACUUAAACAAAUGGAGUGUACUAUUAACAGUGCAAUAUCAAGAAAAUUAAAAACACGUUUACUAUUAAGCCGUCAAAUAGACCGCAUUAUACAAUACGUCGACAGUAAAUGGUUUGGCCCUAAAAUUCAACAAUCAAACAAUGAUGAAAUGGUUAAUUUUAUAAGAAGUUUGAACGACAUUGAAAUAUGCGAUACUAUUCCUAAAGGCGACAGUAAUUACAUAAGUGAGCUGAAAAAUUUAGCAUACAAUGUAAUAUUUGUUCGUUGGAUCAAGUCAUGGUCCGAGGGCACGCUUCAAAUUAAUGAAAAAGCAGAAAUGUAUGACGAAAAUGACGGUCCUGCAUUUUUCGAUACAACAGUGUUUACCCGAGAAAAUAGUUAUAGUCCAUGGGCUUCACAAUGGCUGAAACCCAAUCACUUCCGUCAAAAGGUGUAUAUGUAA